CGUCCCGUCGUGUUAAAACUCCGCGACCCUCCAUUUGCUUCCCCUUCGUUCCUAGAUCGCGAGCUCCAGAUCAAAACCCUAGAACAGGGAGGCAGCCACCAACUGAUCUCUUCCGACCACCUGAGUCGUCUUCGGCUUGGCUUCCCUUCGGAUCCGUUUCUAGGGCUUUACUGGACCUCCGCCUCAAGCCAAAUGGCAGCACAGCCGACCGGUGUUGAAAGAUCUCCGCUUCCUGCUGAAGUGGUGGGCAACGCGUUCGUGGAUCAGUACUAUCAUAUCCUUCAGCAUUCGCCUGAUAUGCUGCACCGGUUCUACCAGGAAAGCAGCAAGCUUGGCAGGCUAGAUUCUCAUGGCGCCAUGGUUUUGGUCACCACCACUGAGGCGAUCAACCAGAAGCUGUUGUUGUCGACUGGUCAUGUUGGAGCUGAGAUGAAGACUGUGGAUGCACAAGAAUCUCUUGGUGAUGGGGUGUCUGUUCUUGUGACUGGGUACCUCACAGGGGAGGACAAUGUCAAGAGAAGCUUCAUCCAGUCUUUCUUCCUUGCUCCCCAGGAUAAUGGCUUUUUUGUGCUGAACGACAUAUUCAGAUUUGUGGAAGAGGCUGAACACCAGCAGGUGAAUCAGGGCCUGGCGAAUGGUAAUGCUGAACCUCAUGCUGCAGAGGAAGCUUUACCUCCACAACAAGAGGAACAAGCUCUAGAUCAAACUGUCUCAGUAGAGGAUGAGGUGUUGAACAAGGAGGAAGUCUAUAAGCCUUCAGAAAAUGGCCUCGUUGUGGAAGAGGAAGAACCUAUUGCAAAGGUGAUUAACGAAGUUCCAUCUGUUAGCCCGGUGGUGGUAGUUGAAUCAAGUCCUGUCACUGCCCAAGAAGACAUGCCAAAGAAAUCAUAUGCUUCCAUUGUAAAGAUUAUGAAAGAUAGUACUGCUGUAUCAGUCCCGGCACGCAUUCCUCAUAGGCAACCAACAGUUAAAGCAGAACCAGUGCCUGUCCCUGCUCCUUCAGCAGUUCCUACAACUGAUGCACCUACUACCAAUUCUAGUACUGCAGAAAGAAGCAAUGUUAUUGAGGCAGAAGGUGCUGAUGGCCAUUCCAUAUUUGUGAAAAGUUUGCCAUUGGAUGCAACACCUGAGCAACUUGAACAAGAGUUUAAUAAAUUUGGUCCAAUUAAGGCUGAUGGAAUACAAGUUAGAAGUCACAAGCUACAAGGUUUCUGUUAUGGAUUUGUAGAGUUUGAGGCUGCGAAUUCUGUCCAGAAAGCACUAGAGGCCUCGCCUGUAAUGAUUGGCGGUCGCCAAGCUUAUGUUGAAGAAAAAAGGGCCACAGGUUCACGAGUUGGUAGCAGAGGUAGAUUUGAUGCAAGAGGUGGGUUCCGCAAUGAUGCAAGAGGGCGUGGAAGCUUUUAUGGUGGCGGUCGUGGUUAUGGCAGAAGGGACUUUGAUACUAAACCUGAUUUUGGAGGAAGAGGUGGUGGUAGGGGGAGAUAUCCAAAUCGAGGUGAUGUCGGUUACCAGAGAGUUGACGGCAUGGACUUUGCCGGUGGCCGUGGAAACAGUAGUGCUGGCUCUGCAAUCAGAGCAUCUUCCAGAAACUAAACAAACAGGUUAGCAGUGGGAUUAUGAUCUCAAAGGUUCAUUAUCUGGAUCCACGGAUUGGUCACCCUACAUACUUAAAAUUGAUAUCUUAGUUCCUAUUAAUUUAGUAACACAUUUUUAAAGAGUUUUUCUAUUGAACCAACCUGAGAAUUUUUUUUUGUUUUUGUUUUUUUUUUGCAGUCUUUUAAAAAAAAUUUCACGCUUACUAGUGUUAUUAAUCCUUUUUUUAGUGUUAAGUUAAUUGUGUCUGUUUAAUUAUGAAUUUUGUUUAUUUCUCCUUUGCUCUUUGUGAUCGGCAGGCUGCCUAUGUUAUUGAAUUUAAUUCAAAUUAAUCUAAAUUUGUUUUUUGA